GGGUCUUGCUCUGUUCCCCAGGCUGGUCUUGAACUCCUGGGCUCAAGUGAUCCUCCCACCUCGGCCUCCCAAAGUGCUGGGGUUACAGGCAUAAACCACUGCACCCGGCCUGAAUGAUGUUUUUGGCAAUGAAAAUGAAACACAAAAUCCAGCAAGGUUUGACAGGGAAGGCGAGCUGGCGACCACAUAGUCACAGCCAGCCUUUGGUUCCGCUUUAUGCUGCAGUUUCUCACUGUCACUUCCUGCCACUGGGCUCCUCUUCCUGUGAAAACUCAGCCCCUCUUCCUCAGUUACCCCUUUGCAACAGAACGAGGCUGGCAUUUUCUAAAGCGUCCUUUAGGAGUCCAGUUCCUAAAAGAUUAUUUCAAAGUCCACUGUUGUGGGCUGACUUGAGUGCUCUGAAAAUUCGUAAGUUGAAGCCCUGACCCCCAGGACCUCAGAACGUGACUGUGCUUGGACACAGGGACUUUCCGGAGGUGAUUAAGGUUAAGUGAGGUCACUGGAUGGCCCUACUCCUAUCUGACUGGUGUCCUGAUGGGGGCGCGGACACCCGCACAGGAACGGACCCGGGGAGAACAACACAAUGGCUCUGCGCCAAGGAGAAAGGCGUCCGGGGAACCCAGCCCUGCCCACACAUUUAUCUCCGCCUUCCGGCUCAGAAUUGUGAGGAAACCCGCUUCUGUUGUGCAAGUGCCCGGUCUGUGGUGCUCGGCCAUGGCGCCCCCAGAACUGCAUCCCCACCUUCUGCUCUGAGCCACCCAUCCCCUCUGGAAGGGCUGAGCUUCUCUCCCUUUCCACCUUCUGCUCUGAGCCACCCGUCCCCUCCGGAAGGGCUGAGCUUCUCUCCCUUUCACUGCCUGUGCCCUGGGAAACUUUCAGAAUCCCCAGGCUGUUUCUGGAAUAGUCUGGGAUGGUCAUUCUCGGUCCUCACGGAACCAGGGGUUUGGAAAGUGGGUGAAGCCACAUGGGUUGCAGAGAAUCUGGCCCAGCCCCUCACUAGUCCCUGUGCUUGUUAUUUAUUCUUUAAUUACUUGGAUAUCAACUCUGAUUUAAAACAUCAAUUUAACAUACAGAUAAUGCUGGGACUGCAGCUUUGCCAGGUGGCCUUCCUCUCCCGGUCUCAGGAGGCCUCACACCCAUCUUGUCCCCCCAACGUCAAGCGAAAAGGGCAAAAUUAUCUUUUUUUUUUUUCUUUUUCAAAAUUCAAACCUUUCCCUCCUUCCCAGGUCUGGGUCACUUGCGACCCUCCUCGCAAGCUGCUUCUGACAGGCCCAAGUCACAGCCAACUUCAGGGGAGUUGGAUCCCUCCAAACUCCUGGAAUGAUGUGUCUGGCUCUGGCCCUGGGCCUCCAGGUCAGACUCAGCCCAGACCCUGGCUCACAGGGAAGCAGAGCCCAGGGCUGGCCUCCACCCGCUCAGACGCACGCACACAGGCCAGGGGAGGGGCUUGGGGGCAGCUCUGGGAGGGUCCCUGUUUGCGCUGUGGGUGUCCAAGGCUGAGUGUGCAGAGCUGAGGUUGCCGCACACUUGAGGGACUCUCGCGUGAGGACGGCGCAGGUCUGGAAGCUGGACCGCGAAGGUGAACGAGACAGCGCUGCUGGCUCCCUCCGCGCCGCGGACUGGCUCCUGUGCAGUCUCACGAGCAAGUGUGCUGUUGCUUGUGCAUGUGUGUUUUAACUGAGAUGUGAGCUGGCACGUUUUCUCCACCCAGCUCCAUCUGCUGGGUCCCUCCACAUUGCUGCACGUGUGGCUCCAGUGCCAUGGGGUCCCCCACUGUGGGCAGCCCUGCAUUUCGCCCAUCUGCUUCCCAAAACAUGGAACCCCAGUGACCUCCAACUUGCCGCCAUGAUGAGCCGCUCUCAUUCAUAUCCUCAAACACGGCACUCUGAGCCCAAAUGAGGGUUUCUUUAGAGAGAUAUCUGGGGACCGAACUGUAGGGACAGAGCUCCUGUCUAAGGCGGGCCUGUGGUGAGGUCUCCCCGGUGGUACACUUUAAUCCCACAGCAGGGAUGGCAGGCCGCCCUGCUCCAUCCCCACCAACAUUGGGCAGGAUCUAGCCUCCAAACCUUUGCCAGUCUAAUAGUACAAAAUGAUAGCUCGGUGCUAUUUUGGUUUUGCAUUUCCAUGGUGAACAAUGAGUUUGAGAGUUUUUGUUCAAAAGUCCUUUGGGAGUUCGAAACCAGACUGGGCCACCAGGAGUUCAAGACCAGCCCGGGCAACUCAGUGAGAUGUUCAUCCCUACAAAAAAUAAGAAAGAUAAAAAAUUAGCCAGGCAUGGUGGUGUGUGCCUGUGGUCCCAGCUCCUCAGGAGGCUGAGGUGGGAGGAUGGCUUGACCCCGGGAGGUGGAGGCUGCAGUGAGUUGUGAUCGUGUCAGUGCACGCCAGCCUGGGCAACAGAGUGAGACCCUGUUUCUAAAAUAAAAAUAAAAACAAAAAAGAAAAGUCCUUUGGGUUUCCUCUUGGUAUUACUCAGCACAGGACAGAGGUGUCAGUUUCCAUCCUCCGGCAAGCAGAUGCUGAGACAAAGCUUGGUGGGAGGUGACACCCAAGAGGAAGGGGCGGGAUUGGACAGGGACAGCCUUCAGAUCACAGUGGGGAUCGGACCCCUGGGAGGGGAGAGAGGGAGGAAGAGAAGUGGUUGGCUGUGAAGCAGAUCUGAUAGGGCCCUGCUGCCACACCAACAGCAGCUCGGGGCCAAGGAUGCUGUUGCAGGAGCAAGGGACAGAGCCCCAUACCACUGGAGUGCCUGGAGCACGUGCCCUCUGUGGCUCCAACCUGAGGCUGUCGGCUGAGGCACUCCACGCACCUGGAGAGCACGUUCUCUGUGGAAGGAGACUGCAGCAUUCCCACGGCUCCAAAGCAGUAGUAGCGGCACCUGGAGAAAGAAGACGUCCACCACCUUCUUGAUGGCCGACUCUUUCUGCAGGCUCGCUGCGGUAACAGACUGGGAGCUCCGGACCUGGUGUAUUGCUAGGUCAGUCUGACGGGGUCCCGGCUUUCCUCUGAGGUUCUCCUCCCAAGAGUGCCGAGAUUGAUGCUGUCCCAUCCAGCGUCUCUGCGGUCAUCAGCUCUUCACAUCCCUUGGUGAAGAUGGGGAGACAGUGCGCGCAGUUUACUCCCAAGUGACUUGGGACGGAAGCCAGGACAGAGAACUCUACAAGGGACACUGGUGCACUGAAGAGCAGGGCGUGGUUCUGACCAGAAGCAUCUGUGCAUCUGGAGGGCAGAGGGAGCGUGGGCACGGGGGUCUGGGCAGGCUUCCCAGGGCGGAGGUCAAGAGGAGGGUGAGAGGCCUCUAGCUUGGUGCUUAAGAGCUCAGCCUUCAGAGUUCGUUUUCUCAGCUCUGGCCUUGACGCGCUUCGUGAGCCGUAACUGGCCAGGGACUGCCCCCAGAAAAGCUGGCCUCCAGCUCCCCGCAUCCUGAGGCCCCAGAUCAAGUUUCUUGGGCCCCGAUUUCCUGUCAUUAAAGAGAUGAGAGUACAUUCCUCAGAGGCGGGCUGUGAAUACAUGAAACGCAAGGUCUUAGGCACCCAGCACGCGCUCAGGAAGCGUGGCUUGUGAUUACCUGGCAGUGCGGUGGGAGGCUCCUAGCAGCUCUGUGUGCUGUGAGUGGGGUGGCUGGGGUCCCUGUGGGAGGUGCUUCAGAGUGGGGGCUGGAUGGCGGCUCCCGAGGGGCAUGCGGAGAAAGACAGGAGCGGAGGGGCUGCCACGCACUGCCCUUUUCCUCUUCCACCCCAGCC